UACAUUGGGGAGGCAAAAAAAAAAAAACUGGUGCAGGAGAUUUUUUUUUUUGCACUUUAAACGCUGUGCCAAAUUUAUGAUGAGAGUGCAAAAUGGUAACUACCAGGCCGUCUGUCUUCCUCUAGCACACUGUGGUUUUCUGUGGUGAUUUCUGUCUGCUUUCAGUUUGUUGUGGAAAUGUGCGUCUGGUUGGAGCUCCCCUUGCAUGCAUAGCAGAGAGAGAGAGACAGGACAUGGUAUGGCCGAUCUCUUAGCUGCACAUUUCAACAGCGGUCUCGUGGCGGCAAAGCUUGGCGGCGGUGAGCGGCCGGUGUGUGGCAACCCUGGCACGGGAGCGCUGUGGCGAGAUCUGGGCUUUGUUGCCCAGAGAUAUGUAGUGAAGGAUGAAUUUCAUCCCUUCAUCGAGGCCCUCCUCCCCCAUGUCCGUGCCUUCUCCUACACCUGGUUCAACCUGCAGGCCCGCAAGCGCAAGUACUUCAAGAAGCACGAGAAGAGGAUGACCAAGGACGAGGAGCGCGCGGUGAAGGACGAGCUGCUCGGCGAGAAGCCGGAGAUCAAGCAGAAGUGGGCCUCGCGCCUGCUGGCCAAGCUCCGCAAGGACAUCCGGCCGGAGUUCCGCGAGGACUUUGUGCUCACCAUCACGGGGAAGAAGCCCCCCUGCUGCGUGCUGUCCAACCCCGACCAGAAGGGCAAGAUCCGCCGCAUCGACUGCCUGCGCCAGGCCGACAAGGUGUGGCGGCUGGACCUGGUGAUGGUCAUCCUGUUCAAGGGCAGCCCCUUGGAGAGCACGGACGGCGAGCGGCUGGUCAAGUCGCCCCAGUGCUCCAACCACGGCCUGUGCGUGCAACCACACCACAUCGGAGUGGCGGUCAAGGAGCUGGACCUCUACCUGGCCUACUUUGUCCACUCACCAGAACAAUCAGGACAAUCAGACAUCUCAAACCAGCAAGGAGACACAGAUGUCAAGCCCCCGCCAAAUGGCCACUUGAGUUUCCAGGACUGCUUUGUGACUUCUGGGGUGUGGAACGUAGCCGAGCUGGUCCGUGUGUCGCAGACCCCGGUGGCGACGGCAACAGGACCCAACUUCUCCCUGGCUGACCUGGACAGCCCCGGCUACUAUAACAUCAACCAGGUGACCCUGGGACGGCGCUCCAUCACCUCCACCCCCUCCACCAGCUCCAACAAGCGCAAGUCCAUUGACGACAGCGAGAUGGAGAGCCCGGUGGACGAUGUCUUCUACUCGGGCCGUUCCCCGGCAGCUGGCAGCAGCUCCCAGUCCAGCGGUUGGCCCAAUGACGUGGAUGCAGUGCAACACCAUUUGGCCAGUGUGCAGGAGAGGAAGAUUAAGCAUGAGAGCGAUGGAGUGCAGUUUCCUUACCAUGGACUCUCAUCGCCUGGUUCUCUUAAGAAGCCGGGGAAAUACGAUUUCAGCGCCCUGUCCUCCCAGACGAGGUCCCCCCGCAUGGCGUUCACCCACCACCCACUGCCAAUGCUGGCGGGAGUGAGACCAGGGAGUCCCCGUGCUUCAGCCUCGGCCUUGCACUUCCCGUCUCCCUCAAUCAUCCAGCAGUCUAGCCCCUACUUCACCCACCCGACCAUCCGCUACCACCACCACCCUGGACAGGACCCCCUGAAGGAGUUUGUGCAGUUCGUCUGUGCCGACGGCUCGGGGCAGGCCGCCGGACAGCCAAACGGGAGCGGCCAGAGCAAAAUGCCAGGCUCCUUCUUGCUGCCUCCACCUCCCCCAGUGGCCCGCCCAGUGCCCCUCCCUAUGCCCGACUCUAAACCCAACAGCACGCCCCCUGACGGCGGACUCUCCUCGCCCGCAUCUCCGUCAUACUCCACGCCAGGCGCCACAGCUCCCAACAGGUUUGUCGGCAUCGGAUCACGGGACAACAACUUUCUGAACAUCCCGCAGCAGACACAGUCUUGGUUCCUCUGACAAGAUCUGUGCACAAACCAGCAACUAGAAUUCUUUCUUUACAAUCGGAAAUAGAAAAGCAGAGCAACAACCCGCAGGUCAACAGUCGUCCUCCAUCAACUCCACCCACCGCCCGGCCCCCCGGCAGCGCGACACCAAACACAACCGAGCAACGCAGGAGAAACGACAGCAGCACAGCGCUUUUUUUAGAGGAACUCUGGACUCAUUUAUCCAGUCAGAGGUGAGGACCCGCUUCUUUUCUCCAGCGAGAAGGCAUAUCGAUGGAAACGAUGAACGGACAGACGAAGAGGACGCCAGGAUGAAGAAGGGUGAAGGGGUCAAACGGCCUUCAAAUACACCUAACCAGCAGGAGGAACCUGAGCAGGAGGAACCCGAGGUCGACUCCUCCUCCUCUUCCGUGAGGACGCAUCGUGUCAUGAAUGGCUAAGAAAAUCAACUGUCGCGACAACAAUAAACAAACAAACAAAAAUCUGUCUUUUCACAAAACAUUUAAGCUAUUUGGUUUCCAGCGAAAGCCGCCGCCCGUGCUCCUGUGAUGUCCGCCCAUCACCCAAAACGAAAACCAAUUGACUGACGUUUCCUCUCAAGACUCCCUAGAGAGAGACCAUGCCAAAACAUAUCUUGAUUGAGGGUUGCACUAGAAGCUUGAAUCAAUUAACACUAAUCCUAACGAUGUGCACUAUUUACCUACAGGCAUGGUAGGUGAACCAGACUGGCCUAUUAAGAGUUUUAAAGAGGGGGGGAAAGGUGGCAAGGAGCCCCCCUCCCCCCUCCCCCCGUCCCUGUCAGUUUGACAAAUCAUUUGGCCUCCGCUCAUUCUCACACCUCCACCCCUGCGCGUGCGACACACACACACACACACUUGCACAAUCUGUGCCACGAUCACAGCGCGUGUGGUACAAUUGACAACACACCCACACACACACACACACACACACAGUUGCCCAGUCAGACAUUGUUAGAUUGUAGUUUUCAUAGGAGAUGGUGUUGGGUUAUUUUUCCCAUUCGAUAUGCACACGCAGCCCCGUGAACUCACUCCACCUAUUUGAUUAGAAACGCCACGGUGAAACCAUUAUUCUCCGUUUUCGGACUAUAGAUAGCAGCUAUUGGUUACCCCCUUUCGCCCUUUAGUAAUGUAGAUGAUUGAUUUUGUUAUCUCUUGUGUGUUCUCUUAUUUGAAUUUAUUCCUUUUUGGAUUUGUAUUUUAUAAUUGUUUUGUAUUUGAAUGACAGCACCUUAUAGAGACACACAGUGGGAUGUUGAAGCAGUGUAGACAGGGUGGUCAGCUGACCUGGACCAAAUAGUAGACGCCAAAACAAGUCGAGACCAGGUUUGGCAUUUUAGGAAAUGCGCUAUUUUCUUUUUCCUUGUUUUUCUUUUCUUGCCAAGAUUUAGACGAGACGACUGCAAAAGAAAGGAAAUGAGCAAGAAGCGUGUUUUCCACAGCGUCAAACUGGUUCUUUUGUUCCCAGUGCCAGAUUAACCAAUUUGCCACCUACUGUACUUUGGAGGACCACACGAUGCAGGAUUUUGACAAUCACAGGAAGCUUAUUCUCUGGCGAACGUACCUGCUGAACCAUACAGUUUAACAGAAAGCCCAACGAGCCUCAUCUUCUAUUUGGCCCAGGUGCAGCCGCUGGUGGUGGUGUGGUGGUGGUGGUGUUGGUGGUGGUGGUGGUGGUGGUGGUGAUAUGAGUGAUAGAAAAAGCAAAAAAAAAAACAGAAGCAAGGAGGGGAAGGUUGCUGAAGACGGGACCCCGAGUCUCCCUAGAGUUUACCCAGUUGUUUACACUCCCAGACGGGCCGCUGCUCCAAGAGCAGAGGGGCCACACUGUGGAGCAAAAUUAAUAUGUGACAUAUCGGCUGUUUGCGGGACGAGGGCGCCUCCAAGGCCGCCGGUAGGAGGAUCACCCAUGUGCCCCACUUUUUGUUGUUUUUCUUUCGGUGCACAGGAUCAGGAUGCUAUAGCAAUGCCCCCAACACACAAACACACACACACACACACACACCAGCACUCCCCCUUUACUGUUGUGAAUCGAUGAGCCCUUGAUGAUCAAAAUCUGCACUAAAACAAUCAUACCAGCCGACCGUGUGAGUUUUCAUAAGAAUUAGACCGCCACUUACGUGUUUUUCAAAUCAGUGGACGCAUCACUGGGAUGGAAUCGCACUCGCAGAGCAUCUUAAACUCACCGACCACUAUUACAGCCCCCGCGACGGAAUUCAAAGGGAAGUCUUAAAAAAAAUGAAUAAAAGAAAAAACAGACAAUCUGAGGAGGCCUUGAUGCUUUUAAUCGUUUUCACACCGAUCCGCCCGCACAUAUUCCCACUGAUUGUUACCCGUCAAAAGUUUAAAAUCUCCCAUCCGACCUCUCAAAAUAACUGGACUGCCCGGCCAUGUUCUUCACUGCAGGGAAACACGACCUAGCCGGCCGACCGGCUGCGUAGAGAGAGAACCAGCUCUGCUGAGUAAGGGCGUCAAUGGCGGCUGAAGCGAUUUCUUUUUCUAAUCUAUGGAAGUGCCUCUGUAUUCCCAUUAUGCAAUUUGUCAAACAUGAAUUCAGGUUCUUUUUUCUCACAUAUAAGCUAUAGCGAAUGGUGAAAAAAAAAACAUUAUGUCAGGAGAGAAAGCAAGGAAAUGGCGAAAGCUCCCUAGAUAAUCGCAAGCAUCUUUAUAUAUAAUACACAUAUAUAUAUUUAUAGAUAUAUAUAAAUUGUUUUUGUUUUAUUUGCAAGAUAAGCUCUGUGGCAGUCUAGUUAUUUUUUGAAGCGCGGCGUACAUCGCGCAGUCAUAGGAUGCAUCGCAAAAACAACCCGCCGAUUCGCGCUAAAGCAGCCGUCUCUAAACCACGUUAUUAAAAGACAUGACAGCAAAAAGCAAACACAACAAUAGAUGAUAAUGUAGUUGAGGAGGAUAACAAACAAAAAAGAUUAGAUUUUGUUGUUUUCUUUCGUGUUUUGAUGGGAAGUAUUGUUCUUGAAACUAAAUGAUGUAUGUCGAUUGAGCCAUGUGCAAUGCCUUGGUAGAGGAAUUGUGUUUGUUUGUUAGCGAUUGUUUUGAGGGCGUCUUGAGAAAAGAGGGCAAAACCCUCCAAGGUUUCUUUUCUUUUCAAGUCCACGUGCUCCGGGACUCUAAACACGAGGGCGGCGAGAUGAUAUCCCAGUCUGUGUAAGUUAGUUUGGGGAAUUUUUUUUUUUUAAAUUUCCUUUUGUUGUUGUUUUUUGUUUUUGUUUUUUUCUUCUUCUUCUUCUUCUUGCGUUUAUCAAAAAUGUUGAUUUCUAUUGAUUUUAUUUUCAAAAUGUGGGAGGGCUGAAGGAACAAUUUUGCAACUCGUAAAAUAUAUAUCACUAUGAAAACCUGGUGCUUUCGUAAAGAAUAAAGUACAUUCAAUCUCUAUUAUACAUAAAUAGUAAUAGACAAAAAAAAAAAGUGUUGUCAUGAAAGCAAAUUUUAGGAAAACAUGCAUUAGUCUAUUUCUCUUUUCUUUUUUUAUAUUUACCGAGGGGGGGGGGGGGGUCAUUGUUCUGAAAAAAAAGGUUGUUGUGACAAAAGGCAUCCCCCCUCCCCCCUCACACACACACACACCUUUACACCAUAGCAGAGGAACAGUCAACUUGUCCAACACAAGUAAACCUAGUGUGGGACAAAGAGCAGAUAUGAUGCACAGUUCUGGAUCUAAAGAGUGGGAGAGAAUGACGACACCUGGUCAUAUUGCUGUAAAACGUCCAGUUGGCUCCCCCCUUCCCAGCGAAUCUCCCCCUGUAAAUGAUUAUAAAUAUGUGUUUGGUGACGUAGUGUUAUAGACUCAGAGCAUCUUAAAGGUCGUCCCUAAAAAGUGCCUUUUGUUCACAGAUUCCAUCUCGUAAUCCUGAGUGCCCAUCUCGAAAGAAACAAACAAACAAAAAAAACACAAAAAACGUCCCCCUCCUUCAUCCUUCUAUAUCUCUUCCUCUUCUUGGAGCUUUUUACGAGCAGUAUACGUAGUACUAAAGGACAUUGGUGUGAUUUAGUUCCUCUUUUUAUUGUUGAAUAAUUAGGGAAAGCAUUAAAAAAGAAAAAGAAAAAAGCCACAAAAAAAAAAAAGAUAUUUGCUGUCUUGCUUCUCUUCCUCCGUAUCUUGUCUUCUGUCUUCUGGACACUGGAGUAGUCUGUAGCCGCGUAACCCCCCCCCCCCCCCCCUUCUCCCUUUCUCUGA